GUAUAAUGUUGAAUAAGAUGAUAUACUUGUUUUCUUUUGCCAGGGAACUUAAAAAGAAAAGGGUGUCAAGAUGUCUGAGACUGGCGGCGCAUCAGUUGUUCCCAAGAAGGGCCUGACACUCGAUGACCUCAUCGUGGUCAUCGACCGACACGAAGGGAACCCAAGCAACAUCCCAAAGGUCGAUACUUUUCAUUUCUGUGGGAUGAGAGUCUCAGAAUGGCUAGAGCGGGUGGAACAAGCUUUGGUCGGGCGGCCGGAUGUUGUAAAGUUUCAACGCAUCCUUCAGUAUGUCCUCCACAACUACCAUCAGGAGGUGAAGAAAGUCAUAGAUGCGGCUCAAGGUAGCUGGGAGAGGUUGAAGGAGGGGAUGCAGAGGAAAUACCGCCUGGGAGACGAGUUGUUGACUACCACGGACCUUGAAGCGAUGAACAAAGAGGAUUUUACGACUAUAGGGGCCUUUGUUCAAGAAUUUAAGAAGAGGGCGCGGAAGGUCCAUGGGAUUUCGGAGGAAGCACAGUGCGCCAUCUUCCUGGGGCUACUCACAGCAUCGGAAGCCGUCGAAUUGACGAGACAUGGAGGAGGUAGCACUAAGCUCACGUGGGCCACCAUUGACAGAGAGGUGGAAGUUGGGUGCUUGGACCAGGUGGAACAACGUCAGGCAGCGCGAACGAGGAAUCAAGCCAAGACCAGUACCAGCCAAGAGCCUCCAAUGGGGGAACACGAACCAGGGAGAAGGAAGGAGGCUGUGGAAGUAGAGGACGACGAUGACGAAGAGGAAGAGGACGAGAGGCUGCGCAGAGAAGAGGAUCAGAGAGCGGAGCAGGGGGCAAGGAAAAAGGGGAUCAGGGGAGAGGCCGAACCGGUCAUACAGGACGGACCGCCCAAAAAGAAGAAAUACACGGUCCGGUUGGAAGAAGGAUUUGACGUAGAGAAGGUGAUUGACCGGCUGCUGGAAGGGCAUAAUGACCUCAUGACCCUUAAGGAAAUCCUAGCGUCAGCCCCGCGACUCCGCGAUGAACUGAAGGGGAGCUUAUCACGGCGUCUGGUGCCCAAUGUAAAUUUGGGUACGAUCUUGCCCAAGGAGGCAGAGUGGGCAGAGUCAGGUACGAAGAUGGACUGGAAGUGCGUAGCCUGCGGUACGGUGGAUUUGAUGGUGAAGGGUUCCAAGUGCGCAGCAAUGGUGGACACCGGGGCAGAGAUGAACAUUAUUCGGGAGGCGGACGCGAUCAGAUUCGGGCUGGAUAUAGACCGUUCUGACUGCGGUAUUCUGCAUGGAGUCAGCUGUAAGGCCAUGUUUUGUGGGACAGCCUCGAAUGUGCUCGUCGAGGUUGGAAAGGUGAAGGAAGGGGAGGCAGUGGAGAAUACGCCCCCAGUUGAUGGAUUUCUGGAUCAGGAAGAAGAUGUUCGUCUUCAUAUCAACAAAUGGUCGCCGCGAGUGCCUAGCUGUGUAGGCUAUCCUAUCUGGCAAGCACCGAAGGGGUAUGAAAUGAGGAAUGAGUUAGUCCUUAAACCCUUUAAAGAAGAGGAUCACUGGGGCGGUAAGGAUGUUCAGUGGAUGAUGGAAUUAGCGCUGGCCAGCUCGCAUAGCCUGGUGGAGGAUAUAAGGACGAUUGAGGAAGGACCUGGCAAGGUAGAACGGCAUGAGGACCUGAUGGGAGGAAUGUAUCUCCUCGUCAAUACGUUAUUGCAGGAAAGCCUAGACCAGUCAGGCUCGUUGAACCCGGCAGGGAAUGUGGACGAAAUACCCGAGAGCCAGGACGACGAGUUCGAAGAAGGGAAAAUUAAGGAGGUUUUUCGUGCAGAGGAGUACGACGGGAUCUACCUAGAGCUGGGGCUUCUUCUAUCAUGUGAAAUGCGGCUAAGAGAUGCGAGCGAUAGGGCUCUAAGGAUGCUGCAACGCUACUUAGUGCGAGACGGUCAUCUUUUCUUGAGAAGGGAAGUGGGGAAUCCCAGGAGGGUCGUCUGCGGUAGGAUUCGUCAGAUCGACGUCGUAGCAGCACUACACGAUGGCAUUGCAGGAGGGCAUCGAGGGGUACAAGCCACGUAUGCCAAGAUAAGUGAGYUGUACUACUGGGAUGGAAUGAUGGACAUGGUCGAAAAAUUUUGUCGAUCUUGUGUACCCUGCCAGGAGAGAUCCUGUUUAAGGCAGGGAGAGCCGCUGCAUCCAAGGUUAGAGCGAGAGGUAGGGGCCGUAGUGCAUCUCGAUCUGCUUUUCAUACCACUUGGGGAUCUAGGCUAUAACUAUAUCUUCGACGAGCACGAUAACCUGUCUGGGUUCGUAGACGGGCGAGUUAUUCGCACAAAGACCGGGUCAGUCCUGGUGAGCUGCAUCGAGGAGUACUACCUGCGUUAUCCAUUCGUCAGGGAAUUCGUAAUGGACAGGGGAUCAGAGUUUACCUAUCAGGAGGUGCAAGAACUGUUAGCAAGAUAUGAUAUUUCUCGGUGGAGGGCGUCGCUUCAGGGUGAGGGGCAUGGAGAGCAGGCAAAGGAGGUGCUACGAGAGGAAUUACUACAGGAAGAGGUCCGGGGUAUUCAGCGAGAGAGAGGGCUGGGCGAUGAGGGGAGACGUGCAGAGAAGGAAGUGAUAGAGGUUGGAGAGGACACGCCCCCACAGACGCCAGCAGUGGGUUUGAGACUCGGGGAUGCACCAGGGAGCACCUGGCAGGCAAAUGAGGGGUUGCAGAGAGAGGAGACCCCUUUACCUUCGUCAGAAAAGGCUCCUUCGGCAGAAGGGAGGGCAGAAAGGAGGAGAGAGAGGACAGUUGUAAGGAGAGACUCUUUGAUCCUGAUUGAUAGGCACCUAGCAGCUCAUGCCCUGGAGCACCCAGACCUGGAGGAGCCAACACCUGCAGAGCCACGCCAGGAGUCAUGUCAGCCCGAGAAGGAGAUGGAAGCAGAAAUCCCAAAGAGGGUCGACCUCCGCACGAGGGAAAGGGUGUCAGCUGGAGAGACGGCCGAAGAAAAGAGGGCAAGACGAACCAGACGGAUAGAUGAGAUAUGGCAGGAGAGGCAGAGGUUGGAGGCAGCAGGGGAGCUCUUGGAGCAGCGGCAGGAGAGGCAGAGAUCGGAGGCAGCAGGAGCACUGUCGGGUCAGCCGCCCAGCGCGCCAGCCAAGGCCCCGGAAAUUCCUGAAAUGUGGAGAGACUUCUGGGAGCAGAGAGGAGAGGAGUUUCUAUCGCCAGUCAGAGCCAGGUUUGGGGUGGUCAGGAAGGCGGAAGAAAGGUUAGAUCGUAAAAUCAAGUUCCUGGCCAAGACCACUUUUGACCGGCACUUGUUAUUGGAGGGCGAUCUGGCGGGGAAGAAAAUGAAGGAAGCCAGCCAUGGAGAGCCGCUUAUGGGGAGAGUUAUCUUGGAGCCAGAGGAGGCGAGAGCCCAGAGACAGGCAGAGAGAGAGGCGUUCGAGUUUAGAGCCCCUACUGAGCUCGCGGCGCUGCCGGUGGCGGCGGCAGUCCCAGUCGUACGUUUGGCAGUAGAGGAGGGGCUGCCACCAUCUAGCAGUGAGCCGGCUCAGGGCUCGGCAGAGGGAUCCAUGGGCGUGCUCCUUGAGGCGGUGCAUACUAUGCAGGAGGAGGUGAGUUUGUUUUCACCUGAGCAGAGGAUAGAGGAGCCUCUUGAAAGAGAGAUGGGGAUUGAAGAGGAGGGUGCCAUCGAGGGCAGACUCCAGAGGAUAGGCACACCUGAGUAUGGACCAGAGGAGAUUGAGGAGCAGCCCACGGCAGUGCCAGGGGCGGCACUCGAGAGGAGGCCUCAGAGGUUGGACACGCCCGRGUACGUUCCAGCGACAKAGGAUUUGAGAGGCAGACUAGGAUUUUGGGCUACUGGAUCUGGGUCUGGUGGACCAGUUCCGGGGACAGAGCGGCAGGAAGUCGUUGGUACUGCAGCUCCUCAAGCAGAACAGCAGGGGGUUAUCAGUACCUUGGCAGGAUCUCCUUCAUCACCACCUCCUCAGCCCAGGAAGAAGAAGUUCAAGAGGAAGUUUGAUCAACUAUGUUUCUACUGUAAGAGGAGCGCGCAUCAUGCUUUGGAUUGUCUCGAGUCUCUUGAGGAUAAGGCAGCAAGGAAGAUCUCAGAGGUAGGGGGUAAAAUGUAUGAUAGACAGGGUAGGAUAGUAGAGAAGUCCGCAGAUGGACUUAGAGCUCAGUUAUAUAGGCAAAAUCAGGAGGAGUUGAGGAGGUAGGGCCGACUUUGUCUAUAUAAGCAAGCGAGCAUUUUGUG